AUGGAUCGGCCAGCGUCGACGCCCACUUAUCGGUUGGUUCGACCGCCGCGGCUUAUCUUCGCAUCUCCAACCUCCACACGACGCGUCCAUUACGACGCCGUUCCUCCCACAAUGGCUUCCACGCGAGAGGAGCGGCUGCAAAUGCGCCAGCGCGGCGCUGGAACGCACAAGACGAAAGCAAUUGAUUUUGGAUUCUCCUUUGGCGGAGAAGCCGGAGGGUCCUCGAUUCUAGGACCACAGGCUCAAUUACCGGUACCAGUGCGUUCAGCGCAAAUUGAGAAUGCGCCGACCGUCGCAACAUCCCCGAGCUUGCAGCCGAAUGCCUCAGUUCAGCGCACCCCUGGAAGCGCACGAAACGAUCUGCCCGGCCGUCCCUCGCCGUAUGAUAUACCUGUUGAAGAUGAUUCGGAUAGAAUGCGCAGCAAUAAAAGGAGAAAAAUUGGGCCAUCAACACGAAAAUCGACCACUCCGCUGCGCGCACCAGCUUCCGACAUUGUGAACGCAAAUUCAGAAAAAGAUCAACUUGGAUUGAUCACCAAACGUUCUAGCGACAUUCCAAAUGCUUCCGGUGAAAGCCCGCUGGCUAGUCGGCCUGGCAGGCGUGCCCAAUCGCAGGCGAGCGACGAACGAUCACAAUUGGGAGAGAGGCAGGAUGAUCUUGGAAUAAGAGAGGUCGACAAAUCGCCUGCAGGCCCUUCCAAAAAUAAGCCUACAAGCCCAGACAAUACAAACCUAGGCCCAUUGGAGGUGUCGUUACGAGAAAAGCAGCCUGUCGCCGACCUAGUCGAUUCGUCCCGGUCGCUACCGCAGAGGCGCCGCCAAAGCCAGUCACCUCUGGAAGCGACAGGCCCGGCAAGGAAGAAGCCAACCCGGGCUGCCAGCCAAAAAACGAGAAAAUCCAUUUCCCCAACCGCUGCGACAUCCCCCGAGAGAACGGAUCCCGGGCGCAUUGACACCACCACCGAUGGCCAGGUACACCAGCUAUCACGACAGAGUAGUCCAACCCGGGUGGAUUCCUCGCGAGCCGCUCAGCAUGAGCACUCUCCCAGUGCAAGGAACGAGGACCCGCAGCCCCCACGUGACCUGGAGAUAGAAACGACGCUUGAGCACGAUAGUGUCCCUCCAAAGGGCAAAUCGAAAAACCGACGUAUCAACAGGAGAAGUUCUCCUGCUCAAGUGAUAGCGAACUCCAACGGGGAAGAGGGGGUGCGAAAUGCCGAAGUCGCACAGCCUCAAACCAAGGAACAUGUUGAGCCCGGAGUUCGCGCGCAGAAAAAGCGCACUCAACGGAAGAUGUCACCCAGCGCGAGAAAAAACAAAUCACAAGCAGAAACGGGGCGUUCAAAGAGUUUUGCUGAAACUGAGCCGCCCGAGGUAUCAACAGCGGGCGCUCGAACUCGGCGAGGUAACAAGAAGAAAGACACACGUCUAUCAUCCGAAGCUCCACCCGGGAACACUGCAACCCAAGUUCCUCAAGCGUCUGAAACGGACGAUAACAGAAGAGCCGAAAUGGAAGCAGGUUCUUCUCAAGCUCAGCCCGCGCCGCCGAAGAAAAGAAAGGGCAAGCGUACCACCGACGCGCCUACAACAGAUAAGGGGGAGCAGGUCGAGUCAGAGGUCUCGGACAAGCCGAAACGAAAAGCGAGGGCACCGAGGGGUGACACCGUGCCAGUCACAGUCCACCGUCUGGUUAAUGCGGCCGCUUUGGGUGCACCUGAGACGACCGCCGAGGGAUCUGCCGAUGAUGCCUCGUCUCGCGCUCAUGUCAAACUGCCCGCUCGAGGGGGUGUCAAUGCCGCCGAUGUUCUAGGCCAGAUUUGCCGAGAGACCCUUGAAAAGACUCUGGAGAAGCUCGGAGCCGGCAUUGAAAACGAGGACAAUGCCCAGAAACGAGCUGAGUGGUCACGCAAGCGGAAAGCCGUUGAGGAGUUUGGUACGGAGUUAGACAAUCGCUUGAUGGACAUCAGCGAGGUUUUGGACAGCAAUUUCGCAUUGGCCACGCAAUUACGGAAAGCCAAACGUGACAUGAUGGACCUUCGCAAUCAUUUGUACCAAGUGCGCAAAGAACGGGAGAUUGUCGCAAUACAGAUGGAUGCCGUGCGAGCGAAGCACAUGGAGGAGGAAAACGCACAGUCGGCUCGCAACACCAUCAACAAUUCGCUUCACAGCCUCGAUAUGGCCCUGGACCGGUCGCAGACUCGCGCUGAAUCCGGUGAUGGAACGUCAUCGUCUGAUCUUGAAUUUAUGCUUCGUACCGUGGCCGACAACGUAAGCUGUCGAGCACCAGGCGCGCAGGGAGGCCUGUUGAACCAGAUUCGAGCCUUCAACCACCAAUUGGAGGCCACAGCACGACGCCUGGAGCGAUCAUGA